GUUGCAAUUGCUGGUCUCUCUCGACUACUUUCCGCGUUAGCUGUUGCUCUUGGUGUCGCUGGUCGGUUAACGAUUGACGAGCCGACAGACCGAUCACUGCAGCAGCAGAUUCGGCGGCACCAUUGGUGCGAGGAGUCGCGGAUCGCAAUGCUGCACCUGCCAGUCGCAUCGAAACCACUCGCAUUAGUCACGCCAACCGCUGCCACUCCCUGUUAUCUCGCACCGGUUAGCAUCUCAAAGACAGGCGGGACUGGCGGAGCGGGUAGCCGCGGGAGAGCGCCUACGACUAAGCGGGAGUUACGCGGCGAUUUGGUCGGGAGUAGGCUAUUCGAGCGGAGCUUUAGUACGCAGCGGGGUUUGGAGUCUGGUAGGGCGGUCACAGCUGCUGCUGCCAGCGCAGGCGAGGGAAAAUCGGGAGGAGCAGAUCGGGGGAGCAGCGGCGACAUGGAUUCAACGAAACGACCCGCUAAGAUGCAAACGGUGAUCGAGCACGUGGCGCUGUUCAGCAUGGCGCCGGACAUGGCGGAGGAGGCGGAGGGCGACAUGCUGAGCCACCUGUACUCGCUGCAGUACCACUACCCGCACCUCCUCGCCAUCUCGCUCGGCCGUAUCGUCGCCAAGCGCCCUGUCGGCUUCUCCCACGCUCUCGUCGCGCGCUUCCCCUCGCGGCCCGCGCUGGAGGGCUUCCUGGCGCACCCCGCGCUGGCGGCCGCGAUGGACCAGUUCGUCACGCCCGCGUGCACCGACACCCUGUCGCUGUCAUACGAGGCCCAGGUGGAGGCGGACAUCGAGAGUGUCUUCAGACGCGGUGAUUCCUUUGAGCGGGGCUUGGAGCACGUGGUGCUGCUGCGCGCCAAGCCAGCAGCGGAGGGGGACAAGCAGCAGGCCAUGGUGGACGCGCUGUGCGCCCUGCCGCUCGCCAUCGGCCCGGACAUUCUCGUGCAGCUCACUGCCGGGGCCAACUUCGCUGCCGACACUGCCAAGGGCUUCACUCACGGACUCGUCGCGAGAUGUCCCUCAGAGGAGGCACUAGAUGCAUACAACAAGCACCCGAGCCAUCGGCAGGUGCUGCGACAGCAUGUUCUGCCCUUCAGUGAAACUCUCCUGGCUGUUGACUUCCAGGUGGAUCCUGUAGGCCGUGAGGAGAGGGUUUAGGAUAGACCUUUCCGACUUGAUACAGUCGGAGCAUGUAGCAGAAACUUGCUUUGGUCAGUUGCAUUAUAUUAGACGAAGUCCAUGACAGAUCUAUGCACCAUCAUCACAGUCGUAAUC